CAAAGCCGGCACGAGCGCCUUUGCUCGCGUAUUCGCCUCGGAGUUGUUCGCGAGCACACGCCGACCGUAUCACCUUUCGAGACGACAACCCUUGGCUCGUAGUACCGCGUAACAGGAGGAGGAGGAGGAAAUUUGUUUCGUCGAACGGAAGAGGAAGGGAAAGCUUAGUAGAGAGAGAGAGAGAGAGAGAGAAAGUCGCAGCAGCCGCAGUCGGGACGACCACUGCUCAGCGCCACCCCGCGGUGCUCCCGUACCCUCUCCUUCCUCCCGCUGCAUCUGCUCUCUUUGGCGCGCGUGCGGUGAUGCACCGACUCGGAGGACCGCUCUAGAGGCGCCUCCUCGGUCCUCUUCGACUGCGCCUUGAGGUACAACCCUCGCGGGUUGAUGUAGCUUCUCCGCUCCCGUGACGCCAACACAGAGAGAGGCUGCAUCGCUCUUCUCGCCCCGCGGACUGCACUCUCCCCUCGUGGUUCCAGACAAAGAGCGAGAUGCCAGCGGCCACGGGCGGUGCCGAGCCAACGGUAGCGGCAGCUCUCGCCGCGCCGGAGGAGCUGGACGAGCCACCCGAGCCACGCGCCAACCGCGGCUCCAACGCCCGCGCCGGCCUCAUGAAGCCCCUCGUCGUCCUCGCCCUGCCCGGCAUGUACCUGUUCUACAAGUACAGCCAGUACAGGCGCGAGCAGCGCGAGCUCUCCAGGCGGCGAGUCACCGAACGCGAGCUCCAGCAUUUGCACCAUAAAAUCGACAAACUAUUGACCAAACUGGAAGAAAACGAGCCGGAAAUCGCCUCAUCCCAAGAAGACGAGGUAACCGAUACUUGCGUGAUAUGCGUGAACGCGAGAGCAACGAUGCAAACGGCGCCGUGUGGCCAUCGCGUCGUUUGCCGCCGGUGUUUCGUCAAAACCAUACAGAUGGCCGUCUCCCAGCGACUCCUGCCCCUGAGAUGCGUCAUAUGCCGGGCAAAGAUCCUGCGACUAAAGCAAACGCUCAUACCUCGGGACUACUCGAUGUCGGGCAAGUCGUGGGUGCUACCCCAGAGCGCCUCGGAGUACAACAUGGCGACAGGGGCGCCGGUCGGGGUGCCGGGCCCGGGCGGAAGAUGGACCUCCGGCAACGUGCCGGCCUCGGCGUCCCUCUACUCCAUGGCCAGUGGCUCCUCCUCCAUAUCAGGCGUGUCUUCCGUGUCGUCGGCGACCUCCUCGUCGGUGAGCAGUGCCGGGAGCUCCGGCAAGGUACGGCAGCCCAUCGGCGCCUCGUUCCGCAAGACGCAGACUCAAUCCAUCAAGUUGCGCAUACAGGAGUAUCAGGAUCCGACGCAGUCGGUGUCCGGAGACGAGGAGGGGCUGAGGGACGGUCGGAGGCUGCCGCCCAUCAAGGAGUUCCAGAGGGACUACAAGCUGGGGAAGACCUCGACGAGGCUGAGGUGCGCCCAGAAGAUCGUGACGCAGCUGGAGACGGCGCCCCCGCCGACCACGUCCCGAGCGACCCCGUCGACGUCCGCGUCGUCGAUAGCCGGCCCGUCGAAGCCCGGCAGCGCCUCGUCCACCUCCGGCGCGUCCUCCAAGGCAGGCGCGGCCAAGCGCUCGAGCUCGUCGACGCGGACCACCUCGUCGAACCUGAAGACCACCACGAAGCCGCUGACGGUAGCGCAAGAGGUGCAGCGCACCAAGAAGGAGAAGGAGCGCGAGAAGGAGCGGGAGAAGGCGGAGAAGGCGCGGCUCAAGGAGGAGGAGAAGGCGGAGAAGGCUCGGCAAAAGGAGGCGAAGAAGCUCGCCAAGGAGGAGAAGAAACGGGCCAAGAAGGAGGCCAAGGCGCGCAGGAAGGAGGCGGAGGAGGCUCUCCUGCGCGACAAGUGAACGCGGGAUUUCGUUUUUCCACCCCCUGCGAAAUCAUAUUUUGUUACUUUAUUCGACAGCGGCCAAAAUAUACGACAUCGUUACAUGCGUCUCUGCGACUAUACGGAAAUGCGAGCGCUGCUGGGGAGCUAUUUUUGUUUCACAUCUUCUUUUUUUUUUUUUUUUUUUUUUUCCUUUUCUUUUCACUAGACCGAGUCUUUGACGAUACAUCCCCGUUUGAUCAACUUCUCGGCUCAAUGUACGACCGACCGGUGUGUCUCUUUGAUGGUGCAGCAGCGCUCGUGCAUCGGAUGUUUUAUUUGUCGCGGACUCGUUUGUUCAUAUUGUGUUGUUGAAUAGUCGUAGGAUGAGGUCGGUAAUAGGUAGGUGUGUUUUUUUAAAAGUUCGCCAAUUGAAAGUCUCCUCGGAGACCCAGACGAGGAUGAAAAAAUCAAAACGGCCAAGUUUGGGAGCGGUACGGUAUGGACAUUUUUUUGAGAUGGUUUUUUUCUCUGAAAACAAAAAUGUUCGUUUCACCCUACGGUAGAUUGUCAUGAAAAAAAAAAAAACAAAGCCAGAGGGGUAUUCGGUACGUGUAGAUAAUAAUCUGUAAAUACACCGGUAGAUCAUGUAUAGUUUAGACGAAUCAUCGCGACCUCGCAGUCAUCGCACAUGACUACAUUAUAUCGUACGUAUAAAACGUGUAUUGCGCAUAAAAUGAUACACGCGACACGGUGUACGCGUUAAUUUGCUCUGUGUUAUGGAAAUUUUUGCAAAGGUUUCACGGGCGAUUCAUCGUUGAGGCUGUAUACAUACACGUGUAAUAUCAUAUAUUCUUCGAUGUAGCGGUAUAUACGUAGAAGUAUAAAUUUUUAAUGGAGGAAAAAAAAAAUAUUGCUUUAUUUCUUUUUAACCGUAGGCAGCGCUCGAAUCAAUUGUGGGUACACGUGGAAAAACCCUCGAGUACGAAGUGAAUUAAUCAAUAGGGAUGUUAAAUUUGGACGUUUUUAAGGCUUUUACAAAAUGAUGAAGUGGAUAAAAGGUGUCGACAGAAAUAAAACAAUGACGAUAAAAUUUCGUACUUUUUAUUUACGAACCACGUUUUGCGGAUAAUAACAACAACAAUAAUACACCACGACGUUACUGUAAAACUAGAGUCAAGAAUUAAUUUGAAAAAAAAUUUUAAACACAAAUAUUGGUCUUUUAUUGCGAGUUGCGUGACUCAUGAAAAUGACAUUAAUAAAGUAACGUAUAGUAAAAGCCUAUAUAAUGUGUUGUAGAAUUUUUGCAAACGAUUCACAUACCGAGAGAUACUUUAGGGAUGAAGGAUAGCAUAUAAAUAUUUUAACUAUAUACAUACACACGUGUAUUUGAAUUAUUCUGGAACUAAUAGGUGAUAUUAAUUAGCUUACAUAUAACAAAUAUAACAAAUAUAUAACACGGAAAACGUCAAACGUAAUAAACGUAUGUUUGUUAUUGUUAUACAAAAUGUGAAAAAAAAAGAAAAAAAACUGUGCAUGACACUCGAAACUUCAACUCUCUGUAUAGUCUCAACAAAUGAAAAAAAUUGAUACAAUUAAAACGAAAAUUUUAUCUUUCGUUUCGGUACUUAACUUCAUGGCGAAAAAUCAAAAGCAAUUUUAUACCUGCCCGUGCGUAAAAGUGUAUAUAAUCUGAUGUGCGAAAAUGUUCGAUUUUGGAAUAGCGACCAAACGAUGGAUGGUAGGCUCAAGUUCAUAGCGAAAUUUUUGCUCAAAAAUUUUUAAUCGAUUAGUGUACAUAGAAUCCCUAGAGUAAUAUACUAAGAGCCUAAAAGUUUGGCUAAACAGUAUACGUUUAGUACAUGCACAUAUUGAUUGAGUGAAUCAAAACUAAAAUUGUGAAAAUCUCGACGCACAUAUCAUCAAAUUGAAUAAUCAAUUAGUAGUAUGGCUAAUUAUAUUCAUUGUGAUUAAUUUUAGUGUACAGUAGACGUAUACAAAAAUGAUAGUCAAUUAUCAUAUAUAUAUAAAAAAAAUCAUGAGCAGGUGUCUCAUAUUUGAAAUAAAAAAAAAGAAAUUGAGAUAAAACAAAAAAUUAGUAAGACUAAUUGGUAUAUGAUAAAUCAACGAAUCUAAACGUAUGAAAGUCAAGUGUCGCCUCGUCAUUAGUCGCUAUUCCGAAAUCUAGAUUUUACUUUGCAUGAAAUCGUAACAAUGUGUUAAACAAAUGCGGGUUAAAAAUAAUGAAUAAAUGAAAAUAAAAUAACACAUCUGGUUCGUGAACAUAACGAUAUGCGCACACAUACACGAAAAGUCGUACACUACAUAAUUAUACGGAUACAAAAUCUUGGCAAUAAUUGUAACGCGAAUAAGAGAACAUGAGUGAUAGUGUGUUAUGUACUAACUUGUGCGUACGUUACUGUAAGAACACAUAAAAAAAAUUAACUGAUCAAUAUGUUGGUGUACUUAAAAAAAAGUUCAGUCGAAUUUCAUGGCAAUGACAAAUUUGAAACAAGUCACUGUAGUGUAUUAUAAUCGAAUUUAAAUACAUGCACGUAAAAGUCAGCUUUUGGCUUUAAUUUAGAUUAACGAGCAUUUUAAUAAUUCAAAAAUAUUAAAUAUACAUAUAAAAAUUUAUUUUUAAUAAAAAAAUUUUCUAACCCGAAAAAUGUUGAAAUGAUUCUUGAUUAAAAUUGUAUUUUUCUGUGUUUUAAACAAUUUUGGUAUUCUAAUGCGUAAUUGAAAUCUAUCGACGUUUACUGGUAAAAUUUAUUAGAUGAAAGUAAUUGUCAGCCUUUCAAUUAGUUAAGGAGACUUCACAGACAAAAAUACCAUUCUUUUAAAAUGAAAAACUGUUAAAAUAUAUUUACUAAUUUGUUCACAACAUACAACAGUAUCAUCGAAACGUGUGCAGGCAAUGAAAU